AGAAGCGCGAGAUAGAAACAGUUCAGGCGGAUAGAGCGCUCGCGCCGCUGCCGUUUCUCUUGUUGCAUUUACAAUUAAACCGUACAAAAUAAUUAAACAAACAAAACAAUCCCCUAGAUUUACACAUGGUCGAUAGUUAGCGCUUGACAUCACGUCGUGAAAUCGAGUUUAAGCGGAAAUUCGGAGGGAAGGAACAACUCGGGGUUGCUUGGAGAUGUCUUGGUGGGCGCGCGGUGAGGAGGCAGAGUGUCAAGAUACUGACUCUGAUGCAGCCGACCCGAAGGACUGCGGGAAAGUUAAAGUGAAGUGGGCGCAUGAAGAGGAUGAUAAUUUGCGAAAGCUGGUCCAAAAUCUAGGAACGAGCGACUGGAAAUACAUUGCAAGUUUUCUACCAAACCGAUCAGACCAUCAGUGCCAACACCGCUGGUACAAAGUUUUGGAUCCAGACCUCGUCAAAGGGCCAUGGACUAAAGAAGAAGAUGAAAAGGUGAUCCAGCUGGUAAAUAAAUACGGUAAUAAACAGUGGGCCACGGUGGCCAAGCACCUGAAGGGCCGACUGGGGAAGCAGUGUCGUGAGCGCUGGCACAACCACCUCAACCCGGACGUGAAGAAGUCCUCCUGGACCGCAGAAGAGGAUCUCAUCAUCUACAAAGCUCACUGCAUGCUGGGAAACCGGUGGGCCGAGAUUGCCAAGCUGCUGCCUGGAAGGACGGACAAUGCUGUGAAGAACCACUGGAACUCCACCAUUAAGCGUAAGGUGGAGCUGGGCUACUACAGGGGUGUGGACACCACUCUGCACUUUAUUCAUCAGUCUGAGGAAGUAGAUGCCAGUGCUCAACAGGACACUGAUCCAAUGGAGGAGAUCUGCUCCGGUGGAGACCUCGAGGCUGUCACUGUCCCGGUGGUCACACAGGAAUCUGUGGGUUCAGUACCACGGAAAUCGUCUCCUGCCAACACGGCGUCCCCUAGACCGUCUCAAGCUCCAGCGACGCCCCCCAGUGAUGCAGAAAGUGGGACGAGCUCCAGCGUCCCUGCCUGGGUGGCUGAUGGCUCUGGCUUCCUGUCACCCUCGGCAACGCCCGCGCUGAAGGAGGUGAUGGACAUGAUGGAUGGGGAUCUGGAGGGUUGGUGUAACCUGGGUGACUUUGAGCUGGCAGAGGAGAGUCAGAGUCAGAGCCCUGACGUGCUGCAGUUCCGGCUGGAGGGCAGCGCUCUACACGAGCUCAGUAAGGGGAGUAAAGGCGAGCUCAUCCCCAUCUCACCUGGCGGAGCCACCCCUCCAUCCAUCCUGAGCCGCCGCACACGCCGCCGCAUCGCCCUCUCCCCCGACGCCAACGACUCCAUGACCCCCAAGAGCACGCCAGUGAAGAUCCUGCCCUUCUCCCCGUCUCAGUUUCUCAACUUGUGGACCAAGCAGGACACGCUUGAUUUUGAGAACCCGUCUCUCACGUCCACUCCUGUGUGCAGCCAGAAAGCCAUUGUCACUACGCCCCUGCACCGAGACAAAACCCCGCUCACUCAGAAAGAGAACUCUGUCUUCAUUACGCCAAACCACAAGGCUGAUCUGGACAGGACGCCUCGCACCCCGACCCCAUUUAAAAACGCACUGGAGAAGUACGGACCAAUACGCCCGCUGCCUCCGACACCCAACCUGGAGGAGGACCUGAAGGAGGUUCUGCGCACUGAAGCGGGAAUCGAGCUCAUCGUAAAGGACGAGAGUCCGGCUGAGCCGAAACCAAAAUCGCUGCACCGACCUCCCAUGAAAAAAGUGCGUAAAUCUCUGGCACUGGACGUCAUAGACCUUAAGGACAUGCGUCCUGCUCGACGUCAGCAUCCCAAGCCUUCUGCCAAGUCUAACAGAAAGGCAGACCGUUCGUUCUCAUCCUCUUUCAAUUCAUCAUAUACUGUGAAAAAGGAGGAGAAUGUCCUUGACCAGGGUUUCAUUCUUGGGCCCAACGAAAGCGGACCUACGGUGAAAGGAGCGCAACCAAACCCAAAACCUCUCCCUCCAGCGCCUAUGUCCCCAGCAUGGGAAGCAGUGGUUUGUGGCCGCACUACAGAUCAGCUGAUCAUGACGGAGAAAGCCAGGCGUUAUCUUCGCUCCCUGAAGUCGAACGCACACAGUCGGGCCCUCAUCCUGUCCUGAGCCUGCACUUCUUCACAAUUUCUUAUCGUUUUAUUCGAUAAUAUUAAAACGUAUGGCAUUUUCUUUGUGUUGUGAAUUAAGAUGUAAAGAUUUUGUUAAUAAUGUACUUGUAAAAAAAAAAAAAA